UUUCUGCAUGUGCGAGGGGGGGGGGGGGUGUCAGUGUGCGAGGGAUGGUAUUCCUGCUGGUCUCGCUCCACCAGUCAAGUCCAAGCGGAGGCAGUGGGUCGGCGGCAGACGGCGGCGGUCUCUCUCUGGUGGGAGUCUGGCAGCAUCGGCAGCCUUCAGGACUGGCUGAGGCCCUCGCCCAAGGCCUGUAUUAGUCGCCACGAGCGCCCUGCAGACAGGGACCCCCACAACCACCCCCCAGCCCUAGCCCCGCCCCCUGUUUAAACGGCCCUGGCUCUCUGGCAGUGAAAAAGCCAAAAUGGAGAACGUCACGGCGGGGGCGAGCAAGGCGAUAAACCUGACGUGCGGCAUGUCGGGAAACCACAAUUUCAUCUUCACGCUGGUGCCCAUCGUCUACGGAUGCAAUUUCAUCAUCGGCAUGGUGGGGAACAGCAUGGUGGUGGCCGUCAUCUACUGCUACAUGAAGCUGAAGACGGUGGCCAACAUAUUUGUGCUCAAUCUGGCCGUGUCUGACCUGACCUUCCUCGUGACGCUGCCCAUGUGGGCCACCUUCGCCGCCACGGGCUACCACUGGCCCUUCGGCGGGUUCCUGUGCAAGACCAGCGCGGGCCUGGUCAUGUUCAACCUCUACACCAGCACCUUCUUCCUCACGGCGCUCAGCAUCGACCGCUACCUGGCCAUCGUGCACCCGGUGAGGUCGCGGCGCUUCCGCACGGUGGUGUACGCCCGCAUCACCUGCGUGGUCAUCUGGCUGUUCGCCUUCGUGCUCAGCGUGCCCACGGCGCUCACGCGAGACGUGCACCGCAUCGCCAACUCCAACACCACCGUGUGCGGCGUCCUGCACCCGACCACCGAGAACCGCGUGCGGCUGAAGGAGCUCCUGCUGGCCAUCAGCCUCAUGAAGAGCCUGCUGGGCUUCCUGGUGCCCUUCGUCAUCAUCAUCACCUGCUACUGCUUCAUCGGCCGGGCGCUGCUGGCGGCCAGGCACAUCCAGAAAAGCUCCCGUUCCCGUGACGACGAGGUGCUGCGCAUGCUGGCCGCCGCCGUGCUGGCCUUCUUCCUGUGCUGGAUGCCCCAUCAGGUCUUCCACUUCCUCCAGGUGCUCACCCAGCUCAUCCUGGUGGAGAACUGCGCCGUCCUGGAGAUCAUCGACACCGCCAUGCCCUUCACCAUCUGCCUGGCCUACUUCAACAGCUGCGUCAACCCCAUCGUUUACGGCUUCGUGGGACGGAACUUUCGCAAGAACCUGCUGCGCCUGCUGCGCUGCUCGCCCGCCGGCGCUCCGGGGCCUCACCCCAGCAUCAGCUCCAAAAUGAGCGCCCUUUCUUUCAGAGCCUCCGAGGCGCUCAGCCUGACCGCCAAGGGCAAGGCCUCUGCCGACGGCAAGUAGCGCCAACAGGAUGGAGCUCGUUCCGGUUUGCAGCCAACGAAGAAGAAGAAGAAGAAAGUCCGUGGUUGGAAUCGCCCCAACACCCCGAGCACUGAAGCACGCUAAGACUGUUGUGAUGUCCUGUAGGGUCCAUGAAAUAUCCAGAAGAAAUGCGUCACCGGAUGUAACAACCCUACAUUUGCAUGGGUGGCGUGUUUUCCAGUUUUGUCCUCUCCGCACCAAAAAAGUAGCCUUUGUGCAGAACUCCAACUGUUUGGGGUGUCACCAGAUGUUGCGGGAUGAAACGGGACAGGAUUUCUCGGCGAUGAUUAAAGAUGAAAAUGAACUUGAUCAUUGUUUUCCAACAAGAACCGUCACUCAUACGGUCUCUUUGUCUUGGCGGGUGGAGGCGGGGCCGCGAGCGUACACACAGAGUGCAGUGUAACCUUGUUGAAAUCUAAUUGGUAUUUUUAUUUUGUACUCUUCCAUAAAGUCAAAUCUUGUCUCGUACACAGUAUCUCAUGUAUUGUCUGGCCUGGUGACACCCCUAGUAACUGUACUGUAUAUGAAGCUGGUAUGUUGUGGUAUUUGUACUGUAUUUGUAUGUAAUGAAAAUGUGUUUGCCUAAUAAAUACUUCUUAAAAGUCUGGUCGUGUACAUAAAAAUACUAUUGUCCGUGCGGGUGGUUGUCUUUAUGCUAUUUAAAUAUGUUGAUAGUGUUUUCUACCGUCUACGUUGUGAAUAUAAAUUGUGAGUACGUGGAAAUAAAUCAUGUCAUGUGUUGUGCA